GAGUGGGCGGUGAAUGGUGCAACACAACUUCAGAAAUGGACGUAUUUUUAAUGAUCCGGCGUCAUAAGACGACCAUCUUCACAGACGCAAAGGAGUCCACGACUGUUUACGAGCUGAAACGCAUUGUUGAGGGCAUCCUGAAGAGACCGCCUGAGGACCAGAGACUUUACAAGGAUGAUCAGCUGCUAGACGACGGUAAAACACUGGGAGAUUCUGGUUUCACUAAUCAGACGGCCAGACCUCAGGCUCCUGCUACAGUCGGACUCGCCUUCCGAAUUAGUGACGAUGCAUUUGAGCAGCUCCAAGUGGAUCCGUUCUCGAAUCCUCCCGAGCUUCCUGACGUGAUGAAGCCUCAGGAUUCGGGCAGCACGGCCAACGAGCAGUCGGUGCAGUAAAAACACACCGCAGCAGGAGGAGGAGGAGAAGUCUGCCGCUCCAAUCCGUUACGAGGAGGAUCCAUCCGGACUGAGCACUCAGAAGGGGUUAGGGGUUUCAGAAAACCAAAAACAGGACACAGCCGACCACCACCACGCCCCGUCCCCUCCCUCCCAUCCUCAGCGCGCGUACACACACACGCGCGCGCACACAAAAACAUCAUCUAGCUUAUUAAAUUUCCUUGUUAAC